AUGACUACUGACCAACGCGACAACGCAUCGCGCCGGACCCGACGUGCCGAACCACGUCGCGCCAGCCCUCGGGCUCUUACCUUGCCCGAAACCCUUACCCUCAAAGAAUUGUCCGAACUCCUCGACCAAACGCCCGUGGACGUAAUCAAGCAACUGAUGCGCCACGGUAUCAUGGUAUCGGUGAACCAGGUAAUCGAUCACCAGGUGGCCACCGUGGCUGCCGCCGCGUAUGGCGUGCGAACCCGCCUCGCCGAAUCCAAUGCCGAAACCGCGCCGAUUACCGCCGACUCCACCGCACAAAUCGAUGCGCAGCUGCAACCUCGUCCGCCCGUCAUCACUAUCCUGGGCCACGUCGACCACGGCAAAACCAGCCUCCUCGAUUACAUCCGCGAGUCAUCCGUGGUCCAGAAAGAAGCCGGCGGUAUCACCCAGCAUAUCGGCGCCUAUCAGGUGGAACUGGACGGUCAGCCAAUCACGUUCCUGGACACGCCGGGCCAUGCCGCAUUCACUGCCAUCCGAUCCCGCGGAGCCCGUGUUACCGACAUCGCUGUGCUGGUCGUCGCCGCCGACGACGGCAUCAUGCCUCAAACCGACGAAGCCAUUUCCCACGCCCGCGCCGCGGAAGUUCCCAUCGUCGUUGCCAUCAACAAGAUGGAUUUGCCCGGAGCCCAACCCGAAGUCAUAAAACGCCAGCUCAGCGAACGCAACCUGCUCGUAGAAGAGUGGGGCGGAGACAUCAUCGCGGUACCGGUAUCUGCGCAAACCGGUGAUGGUGUCGGAGACCUGCUGGAAAACCUCACCGUUCUGGCCGAAGUCAUGGAACUCAAAGCCGAUCCAACGCGCCCGGCCGCCGGCGUUGUCGUCGAGGCAACCCUCGACCGGCGUCGCGGUCCCACCGCCACGGUGCUGAUCCAGUCGGGCACUCUGCGAGUUGGUAACCAAAUCGUGGUCGGCGGCGCCUGGGGCCGGGUGCGCGCCAUCACCAACGAGCGCGGCGAGUCCAUGGACUGCAUCACACCCGGCAGCCCUGGCGUGGUAACCGGCCUCAACUCCACCCCGGAGGCCGGCGACAUCCUGCAGGUCGUGUCCGACGAGCGCACCGCCCGUCAAACGGCUGAGCGCCACGGGCGGCGCUCUCACACCGGUAACCUGGACACCGUGCUCACGCUGGACAACGUCGUCAAGCAGAUCGACUCCGGCGACGUGAAAGAACUCAUUGUUGUUCUCAAAGCUGACGUCCAGGGCAGUGUGGAAGCCAUCGUCCAGUCCAUAGAGAAACUGUCGGAAGGCGAAGUGAAAGCCCGCGUUAUCCACUCUGGUUCAGGUUCAGUCAGCGAUUCCGACAUUCAACUGGCGUCGGCUUCCGACGGGAUCGUGCUGGCCUUCAACGUCGGGUUCGAGAUCGGCGCUGAACGCACUGCCGACCGCCUCGGCGUGGAAGUUCGCAGCUAUCAGAUAAUCUACCGGCUGCUGGAAGACAUCGAGCAGGCUUUGAAGGGCAUGCUGGAACCGGAAUACCACGAAAUCGUGGUCGGCAGGGCCGAGGUCCGCGAAAUAUUCUCCGGACGACGCAGUAUUCAGAUUGCCGGAUGUCGAGUGCUCGAUGGCCGUAUCGCACGUCAGAGUACCGUUCGCCUCAUGCGCCAGGAAAACUCGGUUAUCGAAACUGGAAUCAACAGCCUCCGACAUUUCCGCGACGAAGUGAACCAGGCCACCGCCGGUACCGAAUGCGGCAUCGUGCUGGACGGUUUCAACGAUUACCAAGAGGGUGACGUCAUUGUCGCCUACCGCAUGGAGCGCGUGAGCUAA